AUGUAUCGCGUAUCAGGCUGCCUAGUCUUAUCCUACCUGAUGCAACGUGGCAAGCUGAGGCCCCUCCUUCCAGAUGCCCCUGCCACUUCACUCCAUCGCCUUUGGCGGUUUGCUCGUUCCGAAAUGCCUUUCAAAACUUUUAGCGCAAAUACAGGCCUUCAUGCGAUCCACCUUCGAGCAUUUGGUUUCAUCGCAAUUAUCGCGGUCACAAGCGCCUCUCUGCGCGCCGCCCUGACCGCGCGACUUCCGCGCGUUGCCGCGACCGCAUCUCUGCAGUCCGCCUCGCAGAGCUCCUCCGCCAGCUUGCUUCCGCGCGCGUCACGAAAAUCGAAGCAGGAUGGAGGGAGGCGGGCCUCGCAUACCGUGUCGGCUAGCGCUGCCGCGGAGGGAUCAGCAGACAGCUCAGUUGCUGUAGCUGCUGCUUCAGAUGCAGCCGCUCCUGCGGCCACCGCUCCUGAUGUGUGCAGCCUCGCCGAGUCGCUGGAGCUGCGCGUGGGGCGGAUCGUGCGCGCGUGGAAGCACCCCGAGGCGGACAGCCUGUUCGUGGAGGAGGUGGACGUGGGCGAGGAGAGCGGCCCGCGCACCAUCUGCAGCGGGCUCGUCAAAUACAUUCCCGAGGCCGACCUGCAGGAUCGCCUGGUGGUGGUGCUGGCGAACUUAAAGCCGCGCAACAUGAGGGGCGUCAAGUCCAACGGCAUGCUGCUCGCUGCCUCCGAUGCCGCCCACGAGACCGUCCAGCUCCUCUCGCCGCCCGCCGAAGCUGCACCCGGCGAGCGCAUCUGGUUUGGCGCCGAGGCUGACGGUUCCUCGCAAGCUGCUGCCGCCACUCCGAACCAGCUGCAAAAGAAGAAGAUAUGGGAAACUGUGCAGCCACAACUGAAGACCACAGAUGAGUGCGUUGCUAGCCACACUACUGGACAAACCAAUGCGGGUGGCAAGCGGUGUCAUCACAUGCAAGUCCCUGGUUAA